CGCACGUGUUUGGGCAAGAGCACAAAACGCCGAACUGGCCCAAAACAGUACUUGUAAACAAAUAUUGUAACAAAUAAACAAAAAGCAUGGCGUCCAGCAGUUCGGCCUCUGGUUCUGGAUCGGGUUCAGGAUCUCUUUCGAGCCAAUCUGUACCUUCUAGCAUGGAAUCUGGCUCCACUUUGCCAAACCAAGAUGUGGUCGAUGGAUAUUUCUCAGAGCCUGAAGAGACGGACCGUGGAUGGGGAAAAUUGAUCCCGUUGGGAAGAUCCUUUGAAUUGAUCGAGUUGGUGAAAGAAACAUAUACAUUUGGCAGAGAUAUAAAUGGUGAUGUUUGUUAUGCACAGAAGGCAUUUCCAAGAGGAAAUUCAAGUUUUUUUCAAAGACUUAGCAAGAAACACUUUCAACUUUUGAAGGAAACUAGUGAGAAUGGUGAACACAUUGUAUAUAUAAAAGAUUGGAGUAUGAACGGAACAUUUGUGAAUGGAGGUCUCAUAGGAAAAGGAAACCAGCAAGUGAUUCAAAACAAUUCUGAGAUUUCGUUAGCUGCUCUAGAAAACAAAGCCUACCUGUUCCUCGAUCUUGAAGCAACCAAAAUAGAACAAGAAAUGUUCCCUCAGGAAAUGAGGGAAAAAUUUACAAUAUCAAAAGUCUUAGGAAGAGGUGCCUUUGGUGACGUUAGAUUGGCGUUCAGUAAGGGCAGCGAGUGUAACAAAUUCGCCAUAAAGAUCAUUAGCAAGAAACAAUUCUCAAAUCUCAAAACAAGCAAACGUGAUACUGAGGUUUCUGAUGAAGUGGACAUAUUAAAGAAAUUGGAUCAUCCUUGCAUAGUAAAAGUUUUUGAUGUCGUCGACACACCAGAAAGUUUUUUUAUUGUUCUCGAAUUAGUUGAGGGUGGUGAAUUGUUUGACAGAGUCGUCAGUAAAAGCAAACUGGAAGAGCGUAUUGCUAAGUUAUUAUUCUAUCAAAUGUUGCUCGCUGUCAAGUAUUUACAUGAAAAUGGCAUCACACACAGGGAUUUGAAGCCAGAAAAUGUUUUAUUGUGUUCCCCGGAUGACGAAACGCUUAUAAAGAUCACAGAUUUCGGGGUGUCAAAAUUUGUCGGUGAGAAUUCCUAUAUGGAAACACUCUGUGGUACACCAAGUUACCUCGCUCCCGAAGUGUUAACCCCGGUACCUGAAAAAAGAUCGUACAAGAAAGAGUGUGACUGCUGGAGCCUGGGAGUUAUACUAUAUGUUUGUCUUUCAGGAUGUCCGCCAUUUUCAAAGCAGGCAAAUAACCCAUUGGAGAAACAGGUGAUGGAAGGGUCGUAUAAAUUUCCGAACAACCUGUGGAAGAACGUUAGCAGCGAAGCCAAGGAUCUUAUAAGAAAACUGCUUACUGUUGAUCACAGAAAACGUAUCACGGUUUCUGAAGCUCUGGAACAUCCUUGGAUAAAGGAUAAAGAAAUGAUAGAAAAAGCAGAAAAAUUGAUAAAACCGACCGUGGAUGGAAGAUCAAUGUCUCCGCCCUCAGAAAAGGUGACAAAGCGAAAAGAAGCGACGGACUCCGACCAAUCAUCGGCCACUUCUUCUAAGCGUCGAAAGCUAUCUUCCGACGAGGAUUCGACAAAAUGAUCAAUAAUCAGCGGGAAUUGUGACGGCCAGUUUACACGCGAUUCUCUUCUUUUGAUAGAUGUGAAAGAGAAAAUGGUUGCGAAUGUUCCAAGGUACGGAACUCAACAAGUGCACUUGUUUGAACAUCCGUAACUUAUCCACUCGUUCACAUCUAUCAAAAGUCUUCACGUUGUACUGGACAGGGUAACUAUGUCAGAUAAAUGUGAUAAGUUUAGAAGGAUAUUUUACAGAACUUUUUAUCGUUAGACAAACAAAUUUAUUUCAUACUCAAUACAUGUUUUACCCAUACAUUUGACCUGGAAACAACACACUGUCAAUGGAUAGUCUGAUUGAAUAUUGACAUCUGGUUAAGAGGAGAUAUUUUUCUAUGUCGCGUAAAAUGUGCUCAAAACCUCACUUAUAUUAGCAUGCAAAAGUACCAAAAUUUUCAACGCUAAAAAGGUUUUGCAAACCCCAAGAGUACCAAAAAAGUAUGUUUACUACAUAAUCAAAAAAUAAUGUUAAAAUGAAGAGACUUCUCGGGUCUCGGGAUUAGUAAUUGACUAUAUUAAAACAAUGUAUGGUUAUCCAUACCAAGUGUUCGAAGAUGAAUUACAUAAACAAACUUAAACAAAGUAAAUUGCCAUCGCAAAGUCUCUUUAUGUCGUUGGAAAUAUUGGGUUGUAUAAUAAUCACUGAGCUCUAUGAUUUUAAUUGAAGAAAGAAAAUGUUGAAAGUUCUAUAGAAUUUCCAUAAGUUUUUCAUUCCAUAAAAAAUUCCAUUUCACUUGCCUGUAUAUCAAAAUUUCAACGAGAAAUACAUGUACA